UCAGUUCUCAUCAAAUUGUGGGUCUACUUGCUUUUUGGAUGCAAAAUCAGCUAUUUUGUCAUCUGAUCAAAUUUUGUUUCCAACAAGGAUUUGAAGCAUUUAAUGAGAGCUUCUGAUAAACUGGGACUYAAGGAAUUCAAAGUCUAUGUCAACCUCUGCAGGACCUCUGCAGACUCUGUCAGCCCUGACUUGGUCAGACAGAUGUGAAGUCCAUGGAGCAGGAUCAGGUGGUGGCUUUGGUCAUAAGUUUCCACUGCAUUUAAAGAGUAAAAUCAGUUAAAGUUUUGCUGUAAAACUGUAGAAGGAACUAAUGUUUUUAUUGGCCCUCUGUAACUGUAUCGCUCCUGCAGCUCAAAGCUUAAGAUUUCACUCUUCAACCUAAAGGCACAAAGGAGCGUUACCGCACAGAAUUGUGUGUUGAAGAUCUUUCUGAUGGGUUCUUCUGACAGGUCUUCCCAGAAAACCCUUGCAAAACGUUUGGAUUUACCAGAUCUKUCCAGCAUCUUUCCCCRCCAUCUGAUCCAACUCACUACCAGGUGGUGAWCAGUUGACAGCCCAGCUACUCUCUUCACCAGAGUGUCCAAAACAUACAGUCCAGAUCAGAUGACACAACUACAAAGUCAGAAAGUGACUAAUUUAAAUGGAGUUUACAUCAUCAGAAUCAGAAUCAGCUUUAUUGUCAUUCACACACAUCAGAGAUGCAUUGCAGAAUGAAAUUGCAGUUACAGUAUACAGUAAAACUAAUGUAAUAUAAAAAAAAUGAUUACUUCCAAACACAUUUUCUAGCAUUAAAACUGGAAUUUUAUUUUAUUUUUUCUGUUUGGUUGUGUCUUCACAAAUGCCUAGAUUUUUUGUAUCAAACAAGCCAAAGCAUUAUAGUUUCAUAAAAAAUGUGUGUUUUGUAAUCUUGUAAGCUGUUUACUGAAAGCAAUCACUGUUUAAAAUGUUUCAGCUGCGAUUGUUUUCUCAGCUUCCUGUUUUUCCUGGUGAACACUUUGACAUUUUUAGAAAUGAGGAAGAUUUAUCUAUCUCUCUAACUUUUGUGAAGACUCAUUCUUGUCGAAUGGUAACAACAAGAUCACACAGGAGCCAUGGCAGAGAACAUAAACGAGUACAAAGUGAAUAAAAUGUACUUUAAAAUUAUACUUCUUCUCUCUGGAGCACUUUGCAUCUGUGCAGAAAGUAAGUACAACUAUUUCUKUGUAUGUGCUACAUCCGUUCACUUAGAUCUGAACCAGAAUGUAGAAGUUUGUUUGUGUAGGUUUGAAUUUUGAACAAGCUCUCGUUUAUGCUGAACUGAUUUGUUUUUUUCCAGGUGAUCACACACUUUGUCACACCUUCGGAUGCUUUGACUCGGGUGACACUCAAGCCUAUGUGACAUUUGAUGAUGAUGAAGUCUGCUAUGCAGAUUAUAAUCAAAGUCUUGUUAUUUGGAAAAGCAAAAUACCGACAUCUUCACGCUAUGAAAUGGCUUACCACUAUGCAGAAUAUUUUCGAAAUGUAUGCAACAAAGAUAUUUAUAGAUGGAAACCUGAUGAGUCAGUAAAAAAGACUAAAGGUAAUUAAAACUCAACUUGUGUUCCAACAUUUGUCACUGUUACUAUUUGAUUAAAAUUAUAAUAACUAAAUAACACUGUGCUGUUUGAACUGUCAGACCCACCAGAAGUUGUGAUUUACUUCAGAGUUGAAAUGAUAAAUGCUGAAGAGAAUACCCUCAUCUGCUUCGUCUACGACUUCUUCCCUCCUGUGAUCAACAUCAGAUGGUCUAAGAAUGAUGAAGAAGUGAUGAUGGAAGCUCCUUUCAUCAAAACCGUUUCCAACUCUGAGGGGGUGUUUCACGUCUUCUCCUACCUGAACUUUGUUCCACAAGAAGGAGACACCUACAGCUGCACGGUGGAACAUGAAGCUCUGGAUGAACCCAAGACCAGGAUUUUGGUUGUAGAAACAAAUGAGAAGAGCCGUGGUCCAGCUGGUCCAGCUGUUUGCUGUGGACUUGGCCUGAUUCUUGGACUUCUUGGUGUUGCAGCAGGAACAUUCUUUUUUGUGAAAGGAAAACAAUGUCAUGAUGCCGUUAACAUAGCAUGGAUUUGAAAGGGAUUUUAAUGCUUUGCUUAUGAAAUAUUUAUUAAAUGUAUUUAAUUUCUUAAUUAAGAAGAGUGUCAAACAUAUGAAGAGAAAACUUGAUACUUGAGCCAGCCAGCAAGCUUUUAUGUUAAAUAUUAAUUCUUAAUUGCUGAACCGUGUUGCUGUAAGAUCAAUAA